CCUGUUUUUCAGUGGAGUGGAACCACAGCAUCUUCAUCAUCAUCAUCAGCAGCAGCAGCAGCAGCAGCACCCUCCAUCCAGCGCGUGCACCUCUUCUUCUUCUUCUGCAUUUUCUUGGUGCUACUUUGGGGAGCAAGACGCGCCAGGAAAGCCGGGGGAAGACGUGUCAUCAGCCUUAGGCCACUUUGGGAACAUGUCUUUUUGUCUUUUAGAAUGACGCCGUGCAUCUUCAUGCAUCUUCCUCUCCCUCAGUGGACGUUCCCCACGAGCUUUUCUUUUGGAAUUUAAGAGAACCUCGGAGUUGUUUUCUGCCACUUGGUACCGCGUUAGAGCGACCAUAAAGUGAAUUUCAGAAAAUAAAAAAACACAAGCCAGAGGAAACUUUUGGCGGACAUGGCGAUGGUAGCGUGGAGGAACCCCGAAGAGGGGACGCUGUCCUCCGCGGUGUCGCAGGUCGCUCCUCUGGCCCUGCCGGCUCACAUCAACCCGCCGACUUCCCUGGAGGCGACGAACCCGCCCGGCGGCCCGGUGGUGGCCGCCUCCGGCACCUCCAACAUCUCCUCCAACACCACCAGCUCCUCGUCGUCGUCUUCCUCCUCGUCAGACAAGCAGUCCACCCCCCAGGUGGAGUGCAUCGUUUGUGGGGACAAGUCCAGCGGGAAGCACUACGGCCAGUUCACCUGUGAAGGCUGCAAGAGCUUCUUCAAGCGCUCCGUGCGUAGGAACCUCAGCUACACCUGCCGCGCCAACCGCAGCUGCCCGGUGGACCAGCACCACCGCAACCAGUGCCAGUACUGCCGCCUCAAGAAAUGCCUCAAAGUCGGCAUGAGGAGGGAAGCGGUCCAGAGAGGCCGGAUCCCCACCCAGUCCUACCACGGCCAGUUCGCACUCACCAACGGGGACCCCCUGCAGUGCCACUCCUACCUGUCAGGCUACAUCUCCUUGCUUCUGCGGGCCGAGCCCUACCCGACCUCCCGCUUCGGCUCGCAGUGCCUCCAGGGCAGCAACAUGGUGGGCAUCGAGAACAUCUGCGAGCUGGCGGCGCGCAUGCUCUUUAGCGCCGUGGAGUGGGCGCGCAACAUCCCCUUCUUCCCCGACCUGCAGGUGUCGGACCAGGUGGCCCUGCUGCGCCUCACCUGGAGCGAACUGUUUGUGCUCAACGCGGCACAGUGCUCCAUGCCCGUGCACGUGGCGCCGCUGCUGGCCGCCGCUGGCCUGCAUGCCUCGCCCAUGUCCGCCGACCGUGUGGUGGCCUUCAUGGACCACAUCCGCGUCUUCCAGGAGCAGGUGGAGAAGCUGAAGGUGCUGCACGUGGACUCGGCCGAGUACAGCUGCAUCAAGGCCAUCGUGCUCUUCACCACAGACGCUUGCGGGCUGUCAGACGCGCCCCACGUGGAGGGUCUCCAGGAGAAGUCCCAGUGCGCCCUGGAGGAGUACGUGAGGAGCCAGUACCCCAACCAGCCCACCCGCUUUGGAAAACUGCUGCUGCGUCUGCCGUCUCUGCGCUCCGUCUCGUCCUCCGUCAUCGAGCAGCUCUUCUUCGUCCGCCUGGUGGGCAAGACCCCCAUCGAGACCCUCAUCCGGGACAUGCUGCUGUCGGGCAGCAGCUUCAACUGGCCUUACGUGCCCAUGCAGUAGGGGGGGAGCCCAGAAGACUGACUGAUGGAUGUUUGGGAGGUAAUCUUCACGCGGCGUCUUUCUGCCAGACAGUUCUGAGAUUAUUGUGGACAUUUUUUGCAGUGUUUUCUUUUGAGAAUAACAAUAUUUAUUAUUUAUCAUCCUUCCCUUCAUAUCUUCCUCUUGUGUUGCUUUCAUGUGUUUUAUACGUUGCAGACAUGGCACUUUUGUCUUUUUGGAUGAAAAAAAGGAACAUUUGACACAACAAGCACACUAAACCUUCAAGCUUGACUUGCCCGCACCAACAAAGACCGCGUGAGUGGGGGGGUGUGAUGCCACUAAUCAGCGUCUGCAGCAGUAAAGUCAUUACUUUUGCAACAUGACUUCAGUGCAAAACAAAUAGAAACACCUUUUAUGUUCUUCUUUCUUUGCAAGCAAAUGCAGCCUGCUGUUUUUUGUCCUGGAUUUGCUGGUGUUUUAGCAGCCACUUCUGCAGCCAAAAUAGCCCUCAAACGUUUCAUUCAUUGCAACUUUUUUACUUUCUUUACAUUCAAAAUUGGAACCUUUUCCAGGCAGGAUGCAUUUCUAAUAACUCUGUAGCAGUGUGGUUUCAUUUUCUUGGGGGGCGGGGGGUAUUAUUUAUUAUUGAAAUAACCUUUUUGUUACGUUUAUUCUUGAAAGACUUUUAAAGAAAAAGUUUACUUUUUACUCAGAAAAAAAAAGUAAUGAUAUUGCUGCUCGUGCAUUACCGAGGCGCGUGUGCGUGUGUGCGUGUGUGCGUGUGUGUAUGACCAGCACUGAUGUACUGUGAAAGCAUAACAAUAUUGGUACCGUGUUAAAUUAUAACUCGAGAUUUAUUACAAAAAUAAAUCGUAAUCAAAUAAAUUGGAUUGAUUCUGACAAACGCAAGCACUGGUGUGUGUGUGUGCGCGCGCGCGCGUGCGUGAGUGUGAAAUGAUGUCUUAUUAAGAGGGCCUUCUUGGUGUGUGUUGAAUUUAAUGUUACACAAUUUUUAAAAUAACAAUACGUCAAAUGGAAAAAAACAUUAGAAUGUGUCAUUUGUCUCCCCGAAUACUAGCACUAAAUACUACCACUAAAAGUACACGUAAGGAUAUUUUUACUGUGUUUAAGGAAUUUCACCUUUUAUUUCUUUAAAUGUAUUUCAUUUUUUUAAUUACGUAUUUUAUGAUUACAACUUUUUUUGCUUCUAUUUCAUUUUUCAAAUGAGUGACUUUAGGAAUUUAAGUUCGUAAUGUUUUGAUGAUAAUGAUGGCCGACGUUUCUAAAUCAUAUCUUUACAAUUUACCACCAAUUUGAAAGAAUGUUGUCCGCAUGCUGGACAGGAAGUUGAGCUGUGAUCACGUGAUGAAGCCACAGCGGAUUAAAGCAGCUUCUUUCUCCAUGAGGACCUAAUGAGGACCCCCCCACACCCCCAUAAGAGCGUCCGGUCAGUCCCAUUUAGCCUGAAGACCAUGACCAUGCCGGGGGGGGGAGGUGUUGCUGCUGUGCGGCUGAGACAUGAAUGACAACAAGUCUUUUCUUUAGCGCCAAAUGGACUUUUCCUCCUAAUUGAGACGCUUUGAUGAGUUCGGCUGGCGGGCAGCUCGGCUCGCUCGCAGCCAAUCAGCUGUCAGGAGAGGACGUGAUUAGCCAAUCAGAUCACUUCUAGUUCCUUCGCGAGCGUCUGAUAUUUUGGCGAUGACACUUCCUGUAAAAGGAAGAUAUUGAAUGAAAUAUCUACAUCAUUUAUAUCUAUAUUUCAUUUUUUUUCAUAUUUCAUCAACAGCUGCAAUUGCAAGAAGUGUUUUUGAUGGCGUGAAGGCUGCCGACUUGAAAAAGAAACAUUCAACGGAUUAUUUAACAUAACAAUUAACAUCGUUUUAUCAAAAGUAUUUAUAAAUAAGUCAGGUUCUAAACUUGUCUGUGGCUCAUUUAAUUGUAAAGCACACCCCAACUAUAAAUGGAUGUGUUUUUUACAGCUGCUCUAAUCUUAAAUCGACACCUUCCUGCUUCGUGAUUGUUUUUAAAAUGAAAAUAGAAAGUUUAUCAUUAUAAUUCAAUUAUUAUGUAUUAUUGAAAUUGAAGUAUUCUGUUACGUAUUUAUUUAUUUAUGAUGUUCUUAUAAUAUGUUCUUUAGAUUCUUUUAUAUUCUUAUUCCUUUUUUCUUAUUUUUACUCUCGUAUUUUACUUUGUUUUAUUUUGACGUGAUUACGUUCAUGAGGACCUUUGCAAAGCUGCUGGACACGUGAAUUUCUCGAGAAGAUAAAUAAAUUGUCUGUUUGUCUAAUUAUCGGUUUUAAAAAUAAAAUAGAAAGUCAAUCGAUCUAGUAAUGAUCGAUGUCAGCCAUGGUAGAAUAAUGUUUCAUAGAAUCGAAUUCCCUAGUAAACAAACCAAGUGGUAGUUUUCUUUUUUCGGAAGCUUCUCCUAAUUAAAUUGAAAUGAUUUAUUUUAUUUUGUCGUUUUUCCGAAGCGACUAAAAAGUGUAAAUGUGGUCGGUGGUCGUGAAGAUAAUCAUUCCCAUAAUUCCAUGACUGUACUUUCAUGACACGUUUUGAUUGUUUGUUUUCCAAGCCGUGUUCUCAGUCUCUCUCUGCAACCUCCUGCAGGGUUUAUUCCCAUCAAUGUUGUUUUAUUGUCGCCCGCUUUGUGCUUUCAUUUCAUUUGUAGCGACGUUUCAGCUUUCGUUUUCAAAUGAACACAAAACACCGCGCAAAGCAGAACACCUCUGGGACAUUAUGUUUAGGUCCAUCCGGCACCUCCAGGUUGCUCCUCAGACUGUCCAGGAGCUCAUGGAUGCCCUGGUCCAGAUCUGGGAGGAGAUCCCCCAGGACACCAUCCGUAGUCUCAUUAGGAGCAUGCCCCCACGUUGUCAGGCAUGCGUACAAGCACGUGGGGGCCACACAAACUACUGACAAUCAUUUUGAGUUGCUACAAUGACAUUUUAGCUAAAUGGACCAGUGUGCUGCACCAUUUUUUCACUUUCAUUUUUGGGGUGUCUUUGAUUUCCCCCCUCUAUAGGGUGAUCAUUUUCAUUUCUAUCAAAUGAUGUGGCAUCAUUUUGUUACUAAUACAUCACCCACUUAUUAUCAGGAAACAUAUUCAACAUCAUUUUCCCCCCAGUUUAUAUAUAUAUACUGUAUAUGUAUACUGUGUAUAUACUAUAUACAGUAUAUAUACUGUACAUGUGCUGUGCAUAUAUACUGUAUACGUGCUGUGUACUCUAUAUAUACUGUAUACAUGCUGUGUAUAUAUACUGUAUACGUGCUGUGUACUCUAUAUAUACUGUAUACAUGCUGUGUAUAUAUACUGUACACGUGCUGUAUAUAUGCUGAUAGCGCCUACAAAGACGUCAUCCCCUACGGUGGUCCUAUCUGCAUCGUAACUGGGGGCUGCUUUGAUAUGCUGUGAUGCACCAACCUGAUGUGGUAGAAUCCAGGA